CCUACUGAGAGUAAUGUUACAGAGCCGAGACCAGAGUGAGAAGACUGCGUAUCGCUAUUACCGCCACACAGCCAUUGCAGUACAUUGAGAAUCAGCAGCAGCCUUUGGGAUAUCAGGAAGAUGGGGAAAGACCCAGCAAAACCAAGAGGCAAAAUGUCCUCUUAUGCCUAUUUUGUACAGACCUGUAGAGAGGAACAUAAGAAGAAACACCCUGACACAUCAGUCAACUUCUCAGAGUUCUCUAAAAAGUGCUCUGAGCGGUGGAAGACUAUGUCAGCCAAGGAAAAGGGCAAGUUUGAAGAUAUGGCCAGACUUGACAAGGCACGUUAUGAGAGAGAGAUGAAGAACUAUGUUCCUCCCAGAGGUGAAAAAAAGAAGAGGUUUAAGGACCCCAAUGCUCCCAAGAGACCCCCGUCAGCCUUUUUCAUUUUCUGUGCGGAAUAUCGGCCCAAGGUGAAAGAGGAGACCCCAGGUCUGUCUAUUGGAGAUGUGGCCAAGAAGCUUGGAGAGAUGUGGAACAAGACCUCUGCUGAAGAGAAGCAGCCUUAUGAGAAGAAGGCAGCCAAGCUGAAGGAGAAAUAUGAGAAGGACAUUGCAGCAUAUCGAAAGGGAAAAGUUGUAGGGGGUGCUGCCAAAGCCCCCACCAAGCCAGACAAAGCCGAGGAUGAUGAGGAUGAAGAUGAUGAUGAUGAUGAUGAAGAUGAUGAUGAGGAUGAGGAUGAUGAGUAAAUUGGUUACAAAGUAAGCUUAGAUUCUUGUUUAUAAAAGCAUUUAACCCCCUGUACACACUUAACUAUGGCCAUAAAAUAGGCAAAUGUGGAAAAGUGAAAAGUUAAGACAGUGUAUAUGAUAUGUUUUUAAGCUGUACAGUCCCCCCUUUUGUAUAGUAACACUACAAAAGUGUAAUGUGUUUGUCUCUCCUGCUAUCCACUCCUAUUUCACAAAACUUUGAAUUGCUUCCCCUUCUUUUUAUUUUUUGAGUAAUGGUAGUCCCUAAAGCCACAAUUUUUCCCCAUUACGUCUAGUGGGGGCGAGGGGUGGUUAGUGGGUUUGAAUAAUAAAAAAAAGGCUUGGAUUGGACAUUUAGGUUGCGCAUCACACAACGUAGAUUAAUGUGAGGUUGUAUUUCAUAUCUUUUAAUGUUUAUUUUAUUUCACAUCACUAUUAGUAAAAUGCAGUAUCAGUUAUUUUACUGUACUUUGAAUACCACUGUAAUUGCCACAAUGACUAAAAGAAGAGAGAAAAUGCAAUUGUUACAUUGACAUUCUGGUAUGCUUCUGACAUCAAUAAACUUUUUUUUUUUUAAUAAAUGUUUUCAGUUUUCUACAUUGCAAUAAAAUUGGGCGGGGCACUUGAGAAUAAAGUUGAAUUUAGUUUUUUUGUAUGUGUGGGUGUGUGUGUUGUAUUUUACUGUCAAGUAGAAUUUUAUUUCAUUUUUUGUAUCCCAAAUAUCAACUACCUGCUUGCUGUUAAUAUAGGAAAUAAAAGUCUAUACUACCAUCUAGUGACACCGUAUGUCACAGUAUGUUUCACUGGACAGCCUUAUUUCCUCAAGUGAAAGUUUACAUAUUCUUGUAGUUCUGUCAAGCAAUGGGCAUGUAUACAUUUAUGUUUGAAAGCAUAUUUAAGCAUUUAAUCAAGGUUGAGAUUAAAAAAAAAAAAAGCAAAGUCUUCAAUCCAACAUAAGGACAUUAUCUGGAUAGAGUCCUACUCACCAUUCAUAGAGUUUGUAAAAUGCUUUAAAAAAACAAAAACAUUUUCAUAUUUUUAUCCUUACCUUCUGUUUUGGAGACUGAACCAUCUUUAACAAUUCAAAAACACCUAACAGGUUUUAAUUGUCUUUAUUCUAAAUUACUUUUCCUAAUGUACCUGAUUAUAAACAUGGGCUAAAAUAAACAUGUUUUUAGAAAUCCUU